AUGAAGUUCGUCACUAUCAGCGCUCUUGCCAUCUCCUUGGGAAGCUCCCUCGUGGCAGCUUACCCCGUUACGGCCGAAACUCUCAACUGCCGUGCCUCUCCUGAUACCAGCUCGGCCAUCAAGAAGACAUACAAGAAGGGCAACGAUGUCACAAUCACCUGCCAGACAGAGGGUCCCUCCAUCAACGGCAACACCAUCUGGGACAAGACCUCCGAUGGCUGCUACGUCGCCGACUACUACGUCAAGACCGGCUCCUCCAGCUACGUCAAGGACCAGUGCGGCGGUUCCAAGCCUCCCUCUGGCAAGAUCCCCGGACCGAUGAAGGACGACUACCCCUAUAAGCACCAGUGCGGUCCUGUCGACAAGUGGAAGUACUUCAAGUGCCAGUGCACCAGCUUCGUCGCCUGGCGCAUCAACGAUCGUCUUGGCAUCAAGUUCACCAACCAGUACAAGGGAACGAACUGGGGUAACGCCAAUACCUGGGACGAGGCUGCUCGCCGCACCAAGGUUCGCGUUGAUAACAAGCCUGUGCCGGGCUGCAUUGCUCAGUCUAACGGCGGUAAGGCCGGCCACGUCGCUUGGGUGACUAAGGUUUCGGGCGACAAGGUCACCAUUGAGGAGUAUAACUGGAAUAAGGUGCAGGGUUAUGGCACUCGCACUGUUCCUAAGGGCAACUUCAACUACAUCCAUGUCAAGGUGUAA